UGUGAGUUAGCAGUCUAGCGAUUGAAGUCUGUGGUCGAAUAUACCGGCUCCAUUGUAUAAAUUGAUAUAAAUUUAUGACAUUGGUUACGUUCAGAAAACACAAGUUAUCGGAGAACAGUGAUUAUUGGUCCUUACUGUUAGAUUUUUAAAUUUAGACCAAUUAUAUUAGCAAAUUACUAUUGUGCAACGGUUGUGUUUUCCGAACGUAGCAAUUGCAUAUUGCUGUUGACAUUUCUCGUUUUUCUUUUUUUUGUCUAUUGAAAGUUGUUAAAGCGCCAAGUUUAAUUUAAUUUAACAAUGAAAAAUAAUAAUUCAGGCACUAUAAGCUAUUAUGAAAGUUAUUUCUAUUUUUUUGCGUGGUCAAGUGCCAUUAUUUAUUCAAUAUAUCAAUUUUAUUUGGCAAACAAUUAUUUCAGUGACUAUUACGAUGCAUACGGCGAUUUUAAAUCGGGAUGGGUUUGGAUUGGAAAGAAACAAGAUGUUUCUGAUCAAGAAUGGCUCGUAUGGCUUACGUUUGUGAACAGAUUGGUACCUUGGGCUUUUAUACAACAUUUUUUCAGCCAAUUUAUUAAAGUCAAUAGUAACAGUAUGACAUUAUCCUGUUGGUAUAUUCUAUCAUCAAUAAUGUUUCUUUAUUACUACUUGGGUACAUUGUGUUUGUUAUGUAUAAUACUGCAGCCUAUUUUUUUACACAUACUGACAUGUAUCUGCAAUAAAACUACAGCCUGGACUAUACAUAUUUUGUAUCUAUUUGUAAUACAUAUAUUAAAAAUACCGAAUGGUGCUUUUCAAAGUUGGUUGGAAAUCACUGAUGAGAAGCACUAUGUUUUAACACUUAUACUGUGUUGGAUACAUUUAAAAAGCAUCAGUCACAAUAUGGACAGCAUUGACAAUCAAUUUGUCAGUUCAAAUAACUUUAUUCAGAAAUUGGCUUACUGCUUAUAUUUGCCUACAUUGUUUUUAGGACCACUUAUUUUGUAUCAUGAAUUUGUGGAAUCUAUUAAUCGACAACAGCAAUAUUGGAACUGCCAAAAACUUUUGACUUUUAUAUUGAAUUUAGUUAGGUACAUAUUUUGGUUGUACUUCACUGAAUUGUCUCUACAUUUUGUUUAUGUAAACGCUAUACAGUACCAUCCGCAGGUUGUACAAAAUAUGAAUUCUUGGGCAUUAUAUGGUUUAGGAUAUUGCAUGGGACAAUUUUUUUUAAAUAAAUAUGUUAUUAUUUAUGGAACAUGCAGUAGCUUAUGUCACUUAGAUAAUAUAGAUGCCCCAUCGCAACCGAAAUGCAUAGCUAGAAUACAUUUAUAUUCCGACAUGUGGAAGCAUUUUGAUAGAGGAUUAUAUAAAUUUCUUAUAAGGGUGUCAAGACCAUGGCCUACUGUAUCCUCGAAUGCGUCCAAAUUGCAAACAAAAAUUGUCAUCAAAUUCUGAUAUCAAAUUAGGUGCAACACCAGAGCAGAUCUGUCACUAACUUUGGUGUUUGUCGUCAAUCUGUCAUCAAUACUUUCAAAAAAUCUGUUUGCAGUUCACUAUCAUGUAUUUUGAUGACAGAUGUUGCUAAAUAUUUGCUGAAUAUCUGCUAACAGUGUUUGCAAUGAUAAGAUAUGUUUUUCAUUUGCUGUCUUUUUGGCAACAGAAUCUGCCAACAUUUGUCACAGCAGAAAUGGUUAUGAAGGUAAAACACUAAAAUAAGUGAUUUUAAAAAAUAUUACAAAGGAUGAUAGAUUUACCAUGUUAUUUAUUAAUGAUAAAUUAUUGAGAAAGUCCUAAUAUUAUUUAAGACUACAAUAAUUUUUUAAUGAGAAUUUAAAGUUGGUAAAUUGAAUUUCGAAUUUUGCACGUUAUUGCAUAGUAAAGAUGUAAGAUAUAGUGUAGGAACAAUAUGAAAACAAGAAACAUCUACAAUGUGCUAUAUUUGAGCAUGCGAAAGAAGGAUGUCGAAAAAGAGCGUAUUUUCGCCAAUCGGUGGAAAUCUUGAGAUUUAGUUUUUCUUCACAGUUUUGAGGGUGCUGAGCUCAAAUAUGACAAUCUAAAUUGUGAACUAUUAAAAGUUUGGGGAAAUACUUAGUUGGAGAUAAUGUCAGCGAUUUGUAUAAAUUAACUAUAGCGAAAUUUAAGUAAGGAAUAACGCGUAUUUUAAAUUAAGUGAAUAUCUAGAUAUCAACAUAUUUCAAGGUUCCGACCUUGUCCGAACACUCCUUAUGUCGUAGCGAUGUAAUUAGAGCUUUCAAAUACUGAACUUUUUCAAUAGCGAUACUAAUACCAGAUUUAGUCUGUCUAAUACUGGAAUUUCGGAAUUCCGGUAUUGAAAGGGUACCUAAAUUGAGAUGUUAAAUAAAAUUAAAUACGUAUUUCUCAUCAAUCAGUCUUUAAUUGUUCAUUAUUAUAAUUUAAAGUUUUUUUGUAUUUUUAAUAAUAAAAAAUUAAAGACGCGUUUUUAAUUUUUUUAUUAUUUUAAUUUUUUAAUAUUAUUAAUACAAAAAAUUUAAAUUAUUUCAAAUCUGACAACAAAUGCAACAGUCUUAUACGUAAUUAAUUAUCACAGACAGGUAUUCCUGCUUAUCUUAUUAAUCUUAUUCUUAAAACUAUUUUAGUUCAAACUGAAUAGAUUUUAUAAUAAUUAAAACGUUCGUUUAUUACAAAAAUAUUUACAAUUAAAAUUGCUCUGUAUUGCACAUAACAUCGUAUCAAUUAAAAUUGUCUGCCUAUAUUAA